AUGGCUAGAGUCCUGCAGCUCUCCCUGACUGCUCUCCUGCUGCUGCCUGCGGCUAUUGCUAUGCACUCUGACUGUAUCUUCAAGAAGGAGCAAGCCAUGUGCCUGGAGAGGAUCCAGAGGGCCAACGACCUGAUGGGCCUAAACGAAUCUUCGCCGGGUUGCCCUGGCAUGUGGGACAAUAUCACAUGUUGGAAGCCAGCUCAAAUAGGUGAGAUGGUCCUUGUGAGCUGCCCCGAGGUCUUCCGGAUCUUCAACCCGGACCAAGUCUGGAUGACAGAAACCAUAGGGGAUUCUGGCUUUGCCGAUAGUAAUUCCUUGGAAAUCACAGACAUGGGGGUCGUGGGCCGGAACUGCACCGAGGAUGGCUGGUCGGAGCCCUUCCCCCAUUACUUCGAUGCUUGCGGGUUUGAUGACUAUGGGCCUGAGUCUGGGGAUCAGGAUUAUUACUACCUGUCGGUGAAGGCCCUCUACACAGUCGGUUACAGCACGUCUCUCGUCACCCUCACCACUGCCAUGGUCAUCUUGUGCCGCUUCCGGAAGCUGCACUGUACCCGUAACUUCAUCCACAUGAACCUGUUUGUUUCCUUCAUGCUGAGGGCUAUCUCUGUCUUCAUCAAAGACUGGAUCUUGUAUGCCGAGCAGGACAGCAGUCACUGCUUCGUUUCCACCGUGGAAUGCAAAGCUGUCAUGGUUUUCUUCCACUACUGCGUGGUGUCCAACUACUUCUGGCUGUUCAUUGAAGGCCUGUACCUCUUUACACUGCUGGUAGAGACCUUCUUCCCUGAGAGGAGAUAUUUCUACUGGUACACCAUCAUUGGCUGGGGGACACCUACUGUGUGUGUAACUGUGUGGGCUGUGCUGAGGCUCUACUUUGAUGACGCAGGAUGCUGGGAUAUGAAUGACAGCACAGCUCUGUGGUGGGUGAUCAAAGGCCCCGUGGUUGGCUCUAUAAUGGUUAACUUUGUGCUUUUUAUUGGCAUCAUCAUCAUCCUUGUACAGAAGCUGCAGUCCCCAGACAUGGGAGGCAACGAAUCCAGCAUCUACUUCAGCUGCGUGCAGAAAUGCUACUGCAAGCCACAGCGGGCUCAGCAGCACUCUUGCAAGAUGUCAGAACUAUCCACCAUUACUCUACGGCUGGCCCGCUCCACCCUGCUGCUCAUUCCACUCUUUGGAAUCCACUACACAGUAUUCGCCUUCUCUCCAGAGAACGUCAGCAAGAGGGAAAGACUUGUGUUUGAGCUUGGGCUGGGCUCCUUCCAGGGCUUCGUGGUGGCUGUACUCUACUGCUUCCUGAAUGGGGAGGUACAGGCAGAGAUUAAGAGGAAAUGGAGGAGCUGGAAGGUGAACCGUUACUUCACUAUGGACUUCAAGCACCGACACCCAUCCCUGGCCAGCAGUGGAGUGAAUGGGGGCACCCAGCUGUCCAUCCUGAGCAAGAGCAGCUCCCAGCUCCGCAUGUCCAGCCUCCCGGCUGACAACCUGGCCACCUGA